CAAGAAGAAACACCCCCCGGGUCAGUACUUAUCCUGCACUAUUUCCAUAUUUCUAUAUACGUAUUUUCAUCCUUUGUGCUCCUUUAAUUUUUCGAAUCAUAAGGAACCUGUCUAUCCCUUUCCACCUAUUAUAACUCCCUCCUUCUCUCUCACACAAUCACACACAAAAUCAACAAAGAAGAACCAAAGAGGAGAGAAGGAACGAUAGAGAGAUUAGGCUAAUAAUUUGGAAGUCUUCAGAAGAAGUAGAGAAAAAGAUGGGGAGAGCUCCAUGCUGUGACAAAGCUAAUGUGAAGAAAGGGCCAUGGUCUCCUGAAGAAGAUGCUAAGCUCAAGUCCUAUAUUGAGCAGAAUGGAACUGGGGGCAACUGGAUUGCUUUGCCUCAAAAAAUUGGCCUAAAGAGAUGUGGGAAGAGUUGUCGGCUUAGAUGGUUAAACUACCUUCGUCCCAACAUCAAACAUGGAGGAUUCUCUGAAGAAGAAGAUAACAUCAUUUGUAGCCUCUAUAUCAGUAUAGGAAGCAGGUGGUCUAUCAUCGCUGCGCAACUUCCCGGAAGAACUGACAAUGAUAUAAAGAAUUACUGGAACACAAGGCUGAAGAAGAAGCUAUUAGGAAAGCAAAGGAAAGAACAAGCAGCUAGAAGAAGCAGUCUUGCUAGCCAAAAGCAAGAGUUGUUGAGAAAAGGGUUGAAGGAGAAUGCUAACAACUACAUGCUUUCUGGAUCUUCUUCUUCUUCUUCUGGUAACAUUAUUGAUAAUAACCAAAACCCCUAUUGGCCUCAGCUUCCUAUUCUUCCUCCAAUACCCUACUCAAAUGAAGAACCAAGAUUUAACAAUGAUCAUGCUUCUAUUAGAAAGUUGUUGAUUAAGCUUGGAGGAAGGUUUUCUUCUGAGGAUGAGAAUGAAGAUCAACAACUAUAUCCUUUGGGAAACAACAACUCCAUGGUUCCACCAUUGUAUGAUCAGCAACAAAUCAGUAUGAUCUCAGCUACUUUGCCUAAUCAUGAAGCACAAUACAAUGUGGAGGUGCCGGGGAGCGAUUUUUCGAGUGCUACGGUCAUUCAAGGACAAAACAGUUUUCUUCAAGCUGAAAUUGAGCAAAUGAUGUACAACAACUCACAAAAGCUAGAUGGUUUGGAGUUCUUAUGUGGGGAUAUCUUGAUGAACAAUAAUACCAAAAUUGGGAGCUUGGAUUGGGGAGAAAUGAUGAGUUCUGUGGCUCUUCCUGCUUCUUUUGCUUCAAGCUUUGAGAGUCUUCAACAACAAGGAUCAACACUAGAGUGCGCUAAUGUGGAUAACUUGAGGUACCACGGGGCAUGAUGAUGAUGAUAAUGAUUGUGUACAUUUUUUACUACGUUUUGUGUAAAUUGGUAUUAAUUAAUUAGUAGGAGGUGAUUAAUCGGAUUUUCGGAUAUCUUGGAAACCCUAAUAAAAUUUUCUGAGGAGUUUGGUUGCUUUUCUGUUGAUCUCUAUCUGAUUUGAUGUUCAAAUUGGGUGAUUCCUUUAGAGUGAUCAUUAGAAGAUUGAGUACCUCCUUUUGAGUUUGCAAGUUUGACGUUUCCCCAACAUAUACAGGAGGCUUUACUUUGAG